ACGACAUGCAUGUGAAUCUCAAAUCACAACAUGCAUGUAAAUGUCCCUCACAAAUCACACACAGCUUUUGCGUAACAACAUUUAAUUCAUCAGAUGUUAUCAUGUAACAAGAUUGAAUUGGUGAUCAAACCAUAUAGACAAUCAAACAAAACUACGUGAUCAAUUAUUAAGUCUAAGAAUGGAGUCGAUCAUGAGCAAUUGGAUGCGAAUCCCGAAAGAUGAAUUAAAGGAGAAGAUCACAAUGCCUACAUAUAUUCGUCUUGGGAUACUCCAAGCUAUAGAAUACAAAGAUAUUGAUGCGGGCAAGUCUAAUUUUGAAAGUGCAUUGAGGUCGGAGGAACCUCCAGAAUCUCCGUUGAUUGUGUUUAUCAAUUCCCGGAGCGGUGGUCGUCAUGGUCCCGAACUUAAAGAGAGGCUUCAAAAUCUGAUGAGUGAGGAGCAGGUAUUUGACUUAUCAAUAGUGAAGCCUCAUGAAUUUGUUAAGUAUGGAUUAGGCUGCCUAGAGAAGUUUGCUAGCCUUGGAGACCAAUGUGCCAAAGAGAUCCGUGAAAAGCUGCGGGUUGUGGCUGCGGGAGGUGAUGGUACAGUGGGUUGGGUUCUAGGGUGUCUUGGAGAACUUCACAAACAGGGUCGAGAACCUGUUCCACCAACAUCAAUAAUCCCACUAGGUACAGGAAAUGACUUGUCCAGGAGUUUUGGCUGGGGUGGAUCACUUCCUUUCAAGUGGAAAUCAGCUGUUAAAAGAAGUCUUUUACGCUCCACUAAUGGACCACUUUGUCGGUUAGAUAGCUGGAAUCUUCGUAUAUUAAUGCCAGCUGGAGAAGAGUUGGAAACACCACAUGCUCUGAAGCCCACUGAAGAGUUUUGUCUGAAUCAGGAACUAGAAAUUGCAGGGGAGUUGUCAGAGAAAGUAUCCUGCUACGCGGGAGUGUUUUAUAACUACUGUAGCAUAGGAAUGGAUGCCCAAGUUGCUUACGGUUUCCACAAUUUGCGGAAUGAGAAACCUUUCCUUGCUCAAGGUCCGAUAGCAAAUAAGCUCAUAUAUUCCGGAUACUCUUGCAAACAAGGGUGGUUUCUCACUCCAUGUAUCGCUGAUCCGAGUUUAAGGGGACUUAAUAAUAUAUUGCGGAUGCACAUCAAAACUCUUAACUGCUCAGACUGGAAACAAGUCCCUCUCCCAUCAAGUAUUAGGGCAUUAGUUGCAUUAAAUCUUCAGAAUUAUGCAAGUGGAAGAAAUCCAUGGGGAAAUCUCAAGCCAGACUACAUGGAAAAGAAAGGCUUUGUUGAGGCUCAAGUUGACGACGGUCUCUUAGAAGUGUUUGGCCUGAAACAGGGUUGGCAUGCUUCAUUUGUCAUGGGGGAACUUAUUCAAGCCAAACACAUUGCCCAGGCUUCCGAAAUUCGAUUUGAAUUUAGAGGUGGACAGUGGAGAGAAUGUUUCAUGCAAAUGGAUGGAGAGCCAUGGAAACAACCAAUGAAUAUGGAUUAUUCUAGUUUUGUGGAAAUUAGAAGGGUGCCGUUUCAAUCGGUGAUGAUAUAUGGGGAAUAAGUUUAGAUGGUCUGUCUUUCUCCGACCAGUCUCUUAAUUUUUUUUGAAUUCUUAUAUUAACUUCAUUCUGUAGUUAGAUGGUCUUGUCUAUCUAAUAAGUUUAGUUUUGAGUAAUCUGCAUUUUUCAUAUAUUAAUUUCAGUCUUAUUUUUAAUAGCAUAACUUGAAGUUUGAUAGUUCUCAUCUUUUAAUUUUAAAACUCUCUGCAUUUUACA